GGGCGCGUGCGGGGCGGGGACUGAGUGGGUGUGGCCUCGCGCCGGCGGCUCUCUGGCGCUGGCUAGCGACCAGCGGCGCUGAGCUGCGUGUGUCUGGCUUGCGGCGCUGAUGGAGGGCCUGGCAGUGCGACUGCUGCGCGGCAGCAGACUGCUAAGAAGAAAUUUCCCAACUUGCUUGUCUUCUUGGAAGAUUCCUCCUCAUGUCCCAGAAUCUUCUGCGUCAGAAGCUCUACUCAAUAUAACAAAUAAUGGAGUGCCCUUUGUUCCACUGCAAACAUUUACAGAUGAGGAAAUGAUGAUAAAGAGUUCAGUUAAAAAAUUUGCUCAAGAACAACUUGCACCUUUGGUUUCAACCAUGGAUGAAAAUUCAAAAAUGGAGAAAUCAGUAAUACAUGGAUUAUUUCAACAAGGGUUAAUGGGUAUUGACACUGACCCGAAAUACGGAGGUACAGGAGCUUCAUUUUUUUCCACUGUGCUCGUGAUAGAGGAGUUAGCCAAAGUGGAUGCAUCUGUGGCUGUCCUUUGUGAGAUCCAGAACACACUAAUUAACGCACUGAUUAGAAAAUUUGGAACAGAAGAACAAAAGGCCACCUAUUUGCCUCAGCUCACUACAGAAAAAGUAGGAAGUUUCUGCCUUUCGGAGGCUGGAGCAGGUAGUGACUCAUUUGCUUUGAAGACCAGAGCUGAUAAAAAGGGCAAUUAUUAUGUCCUCAAUGGGUCAAAGUUGUGGAUCAGCAGUGCUGAGUAUGCAGGGCUCUUUCUGGUGAUGGCGAAUGUAGACCCUACCAUUGGAUAUAAGGGAAUUACCUGCUUCUUAGUAGAUCGCGAUACUCCCGGCCUUCAUAUAGGAAAACCUGAAAACAAAUUGGGGCUCAGAGCUUCUUCCACCUGCCCAUUAACAUUCGAAAAUGUCAAGGUUCCAGAAACCAAUAUCUUGGGACAAAUUGGACAUGGCUAUAAGUAUGCCGUAGGGGGUCUUAAUGAAGGUAGGAUAGGAAUCGCUGCACAGAUGCUGGGACUGGCACAAGGAUGUUUUGACCACACUAUUCCAUAUAUUAAAGAAAGGAUACAAUUUGGCAAAAGACUGUUUGAUUUUCAGGGCCUCCAGCACCAAGUGGCUCACAUGGCCACCCAGCUGGAAGCUGCAAGAUUGCUAACAUACAACGCUGCUAGGCUUGUAGAAGCUGGAAGGCCAUUCAUAAAAGAAGCAUCAAUGGCCAAAUACUAUGCAUCAGAGAUUGCAGGACAAGUAACGAGUAAAUGUAUCGAGUGGAUGGGGGGAGUGGGCUAUACCAAAGAUUACCCUGUGGAAAAAUACUUCCGAGAUGCAAAGAUCGGUACAAUAUAUGAAGGAGCCUCCAACAUCCAGUUGAACACCAUUGCAAAGCACAUCAAUGCAGAGUACUGAUGUCCAUGAGAGUGGGACCCCUUCCUUGGUGUCACUACUGUAAAAUCUCAGACUGUUGUGCCUUGUUGGGAGUACGUGCCUUGUAUGGGAAUAAACUUCCACAGUGUUGAAGGA